AGGAGUUGAGUAGAAAUUGGGCUGCGUUAGUGUUUAGUUAGUUAGUGCUGCUUUACUGAGAAGCAAAGACAUUACUGGAGGAAACUGAGGAGCUAUGUCAUGGAGUUUAACUGUAAUGUGACAACGGUGGAGGCUCGGUCCCAGAUUAACUCCACCAGCUACAACCUGGUGAAGAUGGUCAGCAUGUGUGUGAGCUGCAGCCUGCACACGCUGCUCAGCGUUCCUUUACUCGUGGUCAUCGCGCGCUCCCCAUCCCUCCUGAGACACGCUCGCUUUCUCCUCCUCACGCACAUCCUCCUGUGCGACACCCUUCAGCAGCUCAUCUGGACAAUCAAAUCAGUUCUUUUAGGAUCCAAGGAAAGCAUCCCUGUGAUCCAGUGCCUUUUGUUCUGCUCUGCUAUCCAGGCCUUCUCACUGGUGGACCUCUUUCUGAGCACAGCUCUGGCUUUAGAUCGCUUCGUGGCCGUCAAGUGGCCUCUGCGCUAUGAUUUCCUGCUGUGUCCUCAGAGGAGGAGAGCGAUCGUUGCAGCCAUAUGGACCUUAUCAGCUGCGCUCUGCGGCGGGGCUUCGGCCAUCGGCCUCCGAACCGUCCACGCCAGUUUCGCCCUGCGGCGCUGUCGGCCUCACAUCCUGGCUCCCUGCCUGUCCGGGACAUCCACGCUGAUGCUCUACUGCAUGGCGGGGACCGCUGCGGUGGUGCCUCUCUGCUUCGUCACCAUCCUGGGAUGCUUCUGGCUGCUCUGCUGGGACAUGUACUCAGGACUGCUGCUCAGCAGGAGAGCCUGUGUGACCCUGAGCCUCCAGGCUACUCAGAUGCUCCUCUUUUCGAUUCCCGUGGUCAUGGACAGCUACCUCAUCCCCGGGCACCUGCACAGCGAUUUCCUCGACAUAGCAACGACCAUCACCUACAACCUGGGAGUGUCACUUAUUCCUCUGGUCUACGGGUACCGCUCACGGGAGCUACAGCGACGGAUACGACAGGCUGCGCACUGGAGCGCAGACAGCAACACGUAGUUGUAAUCUUGAAAGCUUAACCUUUGCCUCAAUAAAAUGUCUUCUUUGAAAAAGUGGGUUUUAAGAUAUGUGUUGUGAAGUUACUGUACAACUUUGUUAAAAUAAAGACAAU